AUAGUCACUGCAAGCAUCUUUAUUUCCAUAGCUGCAUGUAUGUGCUAGCAAUCGUGCGCAAUCGGUUCGUGAAACAGAAACUGAUCCUUCAUUUGGGCUCGCCAAGUUUGUCGCGGCGCUUUGAGCCAUAAUGCCCACUGCAUCCACAGUGAAGAUUGCUGGUGCAAGCGCUCUAGCAGCUGCCAUGCUUGCGGCGGUCAGCAGGCCACGCGCGGUGGGGCGACUGGUGCGGGGCAUUGUGACACGGGCAGCGGGCGGCCCUGUGUACACGCCCCUGCCGCCUCCCCAGAAGGUUAAGGUGGCACUGUGUCAGCUGCACGUGACCGCGGACAAGGAGCAAAACCUUAGAACAGCCCGCAAGGCGAUCGAGGACGCGGCCGCCGCCGGCGCCAAACUGGUUGUCCUGCCCGAGAUGUUCAACUGCCCCUACUCCAACGACUCCUUCCCCACCUACGCCGAGGACAUUGAGGGCGGCGCCAGCGGCAGCGUGGCAGCGCUGUCGGCGGCGGCCGCGGCGGCGCGCGUGACGCUGGUCGCGGGCUCCAUUCCGGAGCGGUGCCAAGGCAAGCUGUACAACACCUGCUGCGUGUUCGACUCGAGCGGCAAGCUGCUGGCCAAGCAUAGGAAGGUGCACCUGUUCGACAUUGACAUACCCGGAAAGAUCACAUUCAAGGAGUCCCUCACGCUCAGCCCAGGCCCUGGGCCCACGGUGGUUGACACGGAGGCGGGCCGGCUGGGCAUUGGCAUCUGCUACGACAUCCGCUUUCCCGAGCUGGCCCAGAUCUACGCCGCACGUGGGUGCCAGGUGCUGAUCUACCCGGGCGCCUUCAACAUGACCACGGGCCCGGUGCACUGGGAGCUGCUGGCCAAGGCUCGCGCCGUGGACAACCAGGUCUUCGUGCUCACCUGCUCGCCCGCGCGCAACCCCGACUCCUCCUACCAGGCCUGGGGCCACUCCACAGCCCUGGGCCCCUUCGCCGAGGUCCUGGCCACCACCGAGCACUCCCCCGCCACCGUGUUUGCCGAGCUGGACUACGCCCAGCUGGACGAGCGGCGUGCCGCCAUGCCGCUGCGGCAGCAGAAGCGGCACGACCUGUACUUGCUGCUGGACAAGACGGCGUAGAAGAGGAGGGGAUGGGGAGGAGGCGGAGAGGGAGCAGGACAGGUGGGGGAGGAGGAGGGAUGGGUAAGGAGUAGGAGUUGGGAGGGGAUUGUGUGUUACGCACGGUGGUGGGGCCCAGGGCGUCGGUGUCGUCGUCGUGCUGGGGACACGGAGGCCAAAGUGAGUAGGAGCUGGGGUGGGAUUUGGUGAGUGGCUGACGUCUCAGUGCCAGGGGAGCUGCGCACAGGGCAGGGGUCGCAACAGGCUGGGCAGCACGGAGGUGCCGCAGGGCCACGGGGACUUGUCGGGGGCCGCCGAGCGGUGGAGCUGACGUAAGGCGCGUGCUGCCGGCGUCUUAACUGCGCAAGAUACAGCACAUGUCGAUAAAUGAGGAUCGCUAUUUAAGAAUUAUACUUGUAAACCUCACACUGG